AUGUUCCCGCAGAGCCCACGUCUCAUUGAGAUUAUGAUAGACGGCAGCAAGGUCGGGCAGAACCGUGACAUCGAUGUGGGCGUAGUCGGCGACUCUAAGGCAGUGCUCCGCCAGAUUAUGGACGAGCUACGAGCAACCGGAUACAAGUCCCCUGGCAAGGGCUGGGUAGAAGAGGUCAUCACCGAAGACCAAGCGCUGAAGGCAGCCGACGAGGGCAUGCUGAACAGCGACCAGUCACCCAUUCAUCCGAUGCGCCUGAUGAAGGAGCUUCGGGAUAUACUGGACAGGGAUGCCACGGUCAUCGGCGACGGUGGCGACAUCGUCACUUUCGCGGCGCGCGUGCUGAACAUCAACGAGCCCGGACACUGGCUGGACCCGGGUCAGUUCGGCUGCCUGGGAGCUGGCAGCGGCUUCGCGGCGGCGGCGCAGCUUGCGCGACCCGGCAAGCAGGUGUGCAUCGUAUACGGUGACGGCGGCUUCGGUCUCACGGGCUUCGAUGUAGAGAGUUACGUGCGCUUCAAUCUGCCGAUCGUAUCCAUCGUGGGCAACAACGGCGCGUGGAACCAGACGACGCAAGGCGUCGUGCGGCGCGGAAUGCGCGGCAUCGGCACAUACCUGUCGCAGGAAACCGACUAUGCCAAGAUUAUGGACGGCAUGGGCGGCUACGGCGAGCGCGUAACCGACCCCGAGGAGAUUCGCCCUGCCCUUGAGCGUGCGUUCAACUCCGGCAAGCCCGCUCUGCUCGAUGUGGUUACCGACCAGGAUGUGGCUUACGCGUCGAUGGGCGGACGCUCACGCCAGCAGCGCCAGUAUUAG